AUGCCACUUGGCCUUUUCCCUAGGGAGGUGUUCCAGGCACUUCCAGCUGGGAAGAGACUGAGGAAGAUUAGAAGGGUCUGUUGCCAGCUGGAUUUAUGUGAUAUUCAGAAUUGUAGACUGAGGUCUCUGAAGGACUGGCACUAUGCUGAACACCACAGUGCUUCCAUCUUCCAACAGGUACUGCAGUUAGCCUCCGAGGAUUACUGCUGCUUGGACACCUUCAGAGGAAGUCAUAACAACAUCCUGUACGUUUUCUGUCACAAUCCAAUGAGCCCUUAUCGUCAGUGCAAGGAGUUCUGGGAUGUAGCCCUUCACACUGAUGUCAAGUUCAGGAAGUACCUGGAGCAUGUGGCAGAAAGCAUUUCCGAUUGGACAAAAGAGGAAGAAUUAAAGAGAGAGACAAUGCAACUCAGAAAUGUCAGCCCUGCUCAGGAUCUGAGAGAUGAAAAGUCGCCAGAUUCUGCAGAGAGGGAGGACACACUGGAGCCGGUCAUCCGAACAGGCUCUCUAAAAGUUGGUAUACAGAAACACAUUCACUAUAACAGUCUGCUCU